AUGGCAUCCUCUUCCGACCAUAAACAACCUACGCCUUUCCCCCAUGGCGCCUUUCUGCCCAAUGGUCAAUUCAACAACCAACAAUGGGAUCCUCCUCUUCCUCCCGACCAUGCCACCAUCGGGUACAAGCUGAACCACUUCAUGUUGCGGAUCCGCGACCCGGCCAGAUCCAUCCCCUUCUACGUCGACAUCAUGGGGAUGCGCACCGUGUUCACCAUGAAUGUCGGUCCCUUCACGAUAUACUACCUGGGAUACCCUCAGACCGACGAACACCGGGCCGAUCUGGGGAAAUUCGGCGCCGAGACCGUCGCCAAGCUCCAACAUACCCUGGGACUGCUGGAGCUGUACCACGUCCACGGGUCAGAGAAACAGGAUCCCGGGUAUUACUCUACUGGCAACGAGCCGGGCCACCUGGGGUUCGGCCAUCUGGGGUUCACGGUGCCAAGCGUGCCCGAAGCGCUGAAGCGGAUGAGGGAGAACGGCGUGGAGGUCUUGAAGGACCUGGGCGUUUGCACGCGAGAGAGCAUCCCGAUCAGUGACUGGGAGAAUGAGCGCGGUAUAGGUGUCGAGGUCAAGGGCACCGAGAGCGAGAUCCAUGACGAGUACAGAAAGGUCUUUGAGAAGAUUGCGUUUGUGAAAGAUCCGGAUGGAUAUAUCGUCGAGUUAGUGCCGCAGAACAUGCGUGCCCUAGACCCGUAA